CAUACAAUAAAGGAAGAGCAAGUAUAAAAGAAUCGGACGACAGCCGCGCACUUUACUUGUGCACUGGACUUUAAAAUAAACCGAGAAUCAAUCAUGAAGGGUUUCUACGUGCUGUCAGUACUCCUGGUGUUCGCCGCGGUCCAAGCUGAAGAGACAUACAGUACAGAGAACGAUGACCUUGACAUCGACGCCGUGGUCGCUGACCUUGACACCCUCAGAGGCUUCGUAGGAUGUUUCAUGGACACCACACCUUGCCACACAGUCGCCGCCGAUUUCAAAAAGGACAUUCCGGAAGCCAUCAAGACGAACUGCUUAAAAUGCACACAAGCGCAAAAGCACAUCUUCCACAAAUUCUUACUCGGACUUAAGGAGAAGCUUCCCACAGAAUACGAAGCCUUUAAGGCGAAGUUUGAUCCUGAAGGAAAACAUUUUACCGCUUUGGAAACUGCAGUCGCUAACGCUUAAGAAUUUAAGGAGUUAAGGAGCAAUUCUUAAGGAAUUGCUAAUGCACAACAAUGCAUCUUAAUGAUCAACAUUUUAAAAUGACUUGCGAAUCCUUGAAUUAAUCCUAUUUCUUUGUUAGUCUUGGAUGCGUUUGGUUAUUUCGUAGUGAGGUCAUUAUUUUGUGCUGUAACAUUAAUGAUGUCUACUUUUUGCUGUGUCAGAAUAUGGAAAAUGAUAACUAACUCAGUUACUAUUUGCUUUUUGUUAUCUUAAUUACAACGGAAGUUGCGGUUCUUUGUUUUGUGUGAUUGAUAUCUUCAAAUAUACUUUUUGUAC